GUUGCUCGAGGGUUGGAAAUGGCGCAGCCGGUGGUCGAUGCAGAGUACCUGAAGGAGAUUGAAAGGGCGCGGAGGGAUUUGCGGGCUCUCAUCUCAAGCAAGAACUGCGCUCCCAUCAUGCUUCGACUCGCGUGGCAUGAUGCUGGCACCUAUGAUAAAGCAACAAAGACAGGUGGGCCCAAUGGUUCAAUUAGGUUCGAGGAAGAGUACAGUCAUGGUUCUAAUGCUGGCUUAAAAAUAGCCAUUGAUCUCUUGGAGCCAAUAAAGGCAAAACAUCCAAAGAUUACAUAUGCAGACCUUUAUCAGUUAGCUGGGGUUGUCGCAGUUGAGGUUACUGGAGGACCAACUAUUGACUUUGUCCCUGGGAGAAGGGAUUCCUCUGCUUGCCCAAGAGAAGGACGUCUUCCCGAUGCAAAAAAAGGUUCACAACAUCUGAGGGAUAUAUUCUAUCGGAUGGGUCUAACAGACAAGGAUAUCGUUGCUCUAUCUGGUGGCCACACUCUGGGGAAAGCUCAUUCUGAGAGGUCAGGAUUUGAAGGCACUUGGACAAAGGAGCCUCUCAAGUUUGACAACUCUUAUUUCGUAGAACUGCUGAAAGGAGAAUCAGCGGGGCUACUGAAGCUUCCCACUGACAAAGUCCUGGUUGAAGAUCCAGCUUUUCGUCCCUAUGUUGAGCUAUAUGCAAGGGAUGAAGAAGCUUUCUUCAAAGAUUAUGCUGAAUCACACAAGAAGCUUUCGGAACUCGGCUUCACUCCACCAUCCACUGCAAAGGGUACAAAAUGUGAUGUGAAGACGAGCACAGUAUUAGCGCAGAGUGCCGUUGGAGUUGCCGUCGCCGCCGCGGUUGUCAUCCUAAGCUAUGUCUACGAGAUCUCAAAGAAACAUAAAUAAAGGCUGGCUCUGCCUUUACUGGUUAGUGUCAAUAUUCUGAAUCUGAAUGGUAUGAUUUAAGGGGAAAAAAAAAACUUAAAUGCAUUAAUGAGAGAUUGUUAUGGAAUGCAUUUGCUCUAUAUAAAAUAUAUGCAUGAUGUAAGGGAUACUGUAUCCAUUCCCAACAGCAUUAACUCAAAAGAGUUUACACAUUGGUUCUGUAUUGUGUUCAAAUGUAUAAAAGACAAAAAAAAAAAAAGGAGAAUCUGUUUGUGAUCAGCACAUUAUAUCAAUCAAAAGGAGUUCACAAUUUAA